CCCACGAAGUACAGAACGCUCUAGGAAAGGUAUAUUUAUUCCAAGAUUUAAAAUCCCAUCAAUCAAAUCAUUUUAAAGAGCUGCUUGGAAUACUCGAGAGGGAGGCGAAAUUCAUCUGAAGCAGGGGAGAUAGGGAUGAUUUGUUGAUUAUCCGUGUCGUAUCAGUUGCUCAGUUUUUUGGUUUUACACCCAAAAAUUUCAGCAAAACUGGGAUUAUCAAGGACACAACUGAUUAGGAGAGAUUAUGCCAAUCUUUUAGGCUAUGAAGUGGUCAAUCAAGGAAAAUGUGCUGUGUACUCAACUGAAGGAAAGAAAUGAUUAGAGUUGCUACUGAUGAUGGAAGUCGACGGCAUCUACCAUUAUGGAUGCUGGGUGUCACUGCUGCCAACGAAAACAACAACCACGCACCUGAAGGACUUAUGCCCCAAGCUUACCAUUCCAAUUCAAAGACCGUGGCUAAAGGACCUGAUAAUGGGAAUCUGUUUCAAGAGAAGGACACUUCGGGUGUAAAUUCACAUUCUUUUGUAAAGUGUGAAAGAAAGAGAAAAAGAAAAUCAAGUCAACAAGAAGCAAAGUGUGAUGAUAUUAUCACUGAAACUGUUUCAGAGAAGAAAAAGUAUAAGAGUAGGAGGAAAGUUCAGGAAUCUAUUGCAUGUAAAAGGCAAAAAGAAAAGGCUUCUGACUUUGGAAGGGAUGAGGAAUUUGAGAAUCAGCCUCAAAAUGAUGAUGAUGUGGAGCUGAUAAUGGAUGAUCUGAUGACCAUUGCAGAAGAGUAUGUUGAAGCUGAGAAGAAUAAGGAUUGGCAAGCAUCAAAUAGUGAAUGUGGUUCCAGAAGGAAAGUUCCAACGAAACUCUCUUCCCGUAACGAUUCAGGGGGCUUGCUUGAUGUCCCAAAUAGUAAUCGAGGUUCACCCCCGCAUGACUUGACUGCUUGUGAUAGUUCCAAUGUGACUGGGGCCAGUGAAGAAAUUGCCAUCAUUGACAUGAGAACUGGGGAUCCUGCUCAGGACAUGUUGGAUCUGUUUUUGGGUCCCUUGCUUAAGAAAUCCCUCAAGGAGGAGAAUAAACCUUUUGUGAAAGAUAUGCAAUUUGCCUAUGAGUUUGAAAGGUUAAAUCAGAAUAAUGUUUUGGGAGAACAAGCGGAGCCCCUGAUGAAAAAGAAGAGCAGUCUCAGCGAGAAGGUAGCAAAGUUUCUUGACUGAAUCAGAUAUUCAAAUUAGAUUAUUGUAUAGUACAUUAUCACAUGUUCCAUGUAAAUAGUGCUUCUGUCAAUCAAUUGGUCAACUUCUGCUGACUUGUUAUUGUAGUCUCACGACAGAAGAUACUCCAGUAGAUGUAUAUCUUUUUGGUCGAAGUCUUGUACUGGAAGGCAUUCUUUUAUGCAAAUAUUUUAGAGCUAAAGACGGCUGAACUGACCUUUUUUUUUG